AUGGUUAAAUGCAACAAAUGGACUGUCCAUCUAUUGGUCGCAUUGAAUUUGCUGAUUUGCUUAGAAGUCAAUAUGACAGAAAUUCGGACAAGUGAAAUUGACCGAGAGAAACGGCAAAUGCAUGCUUUGUCGAUUGAUCCAUUUAGUUGGUUUCAUGCUGGAGGAUAUGGAAGAAAUUUCGGAUAUAAUCGUUUUCUACGCCGGCGUCCAUUAGUUAUUAGACGAUUUUGGCGUAGACGUUUUAGAAUUGAUGAUGAUUGGUGGUAG